AUGGGGCGUGUGAGAACCAAAACCGUGAAGAAGGCCUCCAGGGUCAUCAUAGAAAAGUAUUAUCCACGGCUUACCUUGGAUUUCCAUACGAACAAGAGAAUCUGCGAGGAGAUAGCCAUCAUCCCCAGUAAAAGGCUACGCAACAGGAUUGCUGGCUUUGUCACUCAUUUGAUGAAGCGUAUCCAACGGGCCCCAGUGCGUGGCAUUUCCAUCAAGCUCCAGGAAGAAGAACGAGAGAGAAGAGACAACUAUGUCCCAGAAAUCUCUGAAUUGGAUGCAAAGGAUAUAUUGGAGAUUGAUAAUGAGACCAAGGAUAUGCUGAAAAUGUUGGAUUUCAACUCUAUCCCCAACCUCCAAGUGGUACAGACCACCCCUCAGUUUACUGGUGGCCGUCGUGUGUAA